AUGAGACAGAUUUCUUCCAAUCUUGGUCAGAUAGCCAUCGGAGGGGAUUUUCGGCUGCGUGAUCAAACUGGAAUGGAAGUCACCUUGACUGACUUUAAAGGAAAGUGGGUUCUUAUCUAUUUCGGAUUUUGCCGCUGUCCCGAUAUCUGCCCCGAACAACUUGAACGCAUCGUGGAGAUUCAGGAGAGACUUGGUCUAUACGGCAAAGACAAGGACUUCGUUCCUAUCUUUAUAACUGUGGACCCUGAAAGAGAUACCCCUGAAGUCGUUGGGGAAUAUGUGAAGGAAUUUUCACCGAAGCUGGUUGGUCUUACGGGCUCUCCGGACCAGAUCAAAAUAACUGCAAAACGGUAUCGCAUCUACUACAGCAAGGGCCCACCGGACCGUGAUGGCGACUAUAUUGUGGACCACACCGUUGUGAUGUACCUCUUGAAUCCAAAGGGUGAGUUUGUGGAGUUCUACGGCCAAGUGAAGCCAGUUCAGGAGAUCGUGCGUCGGAUAAUGGACCACAUGAAAAAGUACUGA